CUCAAUCACCUCGAAAACAGGUCGCGCGAGUGGUCGCAAGCUCUGCAAUUGCAAUUGCACACACGAGCCAAGGUCCGUCGAUCAGUCUCCUUCGCGUCGUGUUCGGACAGCCUGCUGAUCAAUUGCUGUAAUGAUUAGGAGUCGCGAUACACAUCAACCGGCAACACCUUCACCAUGCCUUCAGGUUACUCCUCCCGAGAAGACCCCGGUCAGAUGAAGAAGAACAAGCAAUCGAUGGCAGAUCUUAAGCUACGACGUCUCACAGAAUUGAAUUCUCGUCUUCGGGAGGAUUUGGAGAGAGAGCGCAUCCCCGUUUCUCAAGCCGCAAAGAGCACCAUCUCCUACACCAAUGGCACAAAAGAUUUCAUGGUUCCGUCUAUCUGGGGUGGUAUUCCAAAGGGAGAAGACCCAUAUGUUGUCCAAACUUCAGGAGGCUGCUGCACUGUGAUGUGAAGAAUCAAGGGAUGAGUCAAGAGCGAUACGAUAUUCGAGAAGAUGAGGGCGUUCACAGGCGUAUUCGGAUUAGUCUCUACGAUAAUACCUCAAGCGUACAUAUCAGCGGUCGGGAGGUGGUCUGCCUUUAGGAGGCUGGGGAGACGCUUGUAAUGUUCGCAGGAGCAACCUUUCAAUGUGUAUAGUUACGGACUUUCGCGGGAUGUUUCAGGCUAGAGCCUUCAAAAAUUGAUUUGGACAGACAAUCAUCCCAUAAAAAUUUGGCUGCUGUGCAACUCGGUCCCAGCAGAGCGGGUUCCAAUUUGCCGG